CCUCGUUCGCGCCACAGAACACGCCGCAGGACGGAUCGGAACCACUGUCCAGGCAUGGAGCCGGAUAACAGGGAAUUCUUUGUGCAGAGGGAGAUUCUGGACGAUGAGCGUCUGGAUGUAGUGGCAACUAAAGGGACGUGGUACCGACAGCUGACCGUCGUUGAUCGCUUGAAAGACUUCUUCAGGUGCUCGGCGACCAGGCUGAAGCUCAUGCUGCUGGGAGUGCUGCCCAUUCUAACGUGGCUGCCCAGUUAUCCCAUCAAAGAGUUCCUCCCGGGCGACAUAAUGUCGGGCGCCAGCAUUUCAGUCCUGCACCUGCCACAGGGUUUGGCCUACGCUCCUCUGGCCGGCCUCCCUGCCGUGUACGGCCUGUACGCCUCCUUCUACCCCGUCAUCCUCUACGUCAUCUUUGGGACCUCCAAGCACCUCUCCGUGGGCACGUUUGCGGUGACCAGCAUCAUGGUCGGCACCGCGGUUCAAGAACUGGCUCCAGACUCAAAGUUUCUCGUGAGCUCAAAUGGGACCAACGGGACCGUUGUGGACACUGCUGCACGGGACAACUUCAGAGUGGAAGUCGCAAUGGCUUUAACCAUCCUGAUGGGAAUAAUUCAGGUCGGGCUGAGCUUGGUGAGGUUCGGGUUCAUGAUCAGCUACCUGUCCGAGCCCAUGAUCCGCGCCUACACCACGGGCUCGGCGGUUCUAGUGUGCGUCUCCCAGCUCAAGGCCAUGUUUGGAGUCUCCAUUAAAACGUACAUCGGUCCUCUCUCUGCGGUUUAUACUGUGAUCGAUGUCUGCCGACACCUUCCUCAGACCAAGAUAGCGGUGCUCAUCAUCACUAUAAUAUCAACCCUUGUUCUCGUCGCGAUCAAAGAAAUCAACACCUACUUCAGACAUAAGCUGCCUCUGCCGAUCCCCAUAGAGCUGAUGGUUAUCAUAUUUGGAACUAUUAUUUCCCACUAUGGUCAACUUAAGGCAAACUAUAAUGUGAACAUUGUUGGAGUGAUUCCCAGUGGGUUCACGGCUCCCUUUGCACCAGACACCAGUCUGUACGCGCAGAUUAUUGGUGCUGCUAUUUCUGUGGGCAUCGUGAGCUACGUCAUCAACAUGUCGCUGGCGAAGACCUUCGCCCAAAAGCUCAGCUACAAAGUAGACAACAACCAGGAGCUGCUGGCGGUGGGAAUCACCAACGUCGUGGGAGGCUUCUUCCAGUCCUACGCCACCACCGCGUCGCUGUCUCGCACGCUGGUGCAGGAGAACACAGGAGGCCAGACGCAGGUGGCCGGGCUGGUCUCCUCCAUCCUCAUGCUCAUUGCCAUUUUGAAGAUUGGCUCGCUCUUUCAGGACCUCCCGACGGCCAUCUUAGCUACGAUCGUGGUGGUGAACCUGAAAGGCAUGUUCAUGCAGUUCGUUGACAUCCCGAUGCUGUGGAGGACCAACAAGGUCGACCUGCUCGUGUGGCUGGUCACGUUCGUUAGCGCCAUCCUGCUCAACCUGGACAUGGGCCUCGCCGUCGCUCUGGGCUUCGCCAUACUUACAGUCAUCUUUAAAACUCAGCUACCCCACUACUCUCUCUUGGGCCACGUGUCAGGCACUGAACUGUACCUGGAUGUAGGGAACUAUAAGGAGGCGAAGGAGAUCCCUGGGAUUAAAAUCUUCCGUUCAUCGACGACGAUCUACUACCCGAACGCUGACAUGUACACGGACGCCCUGCAGGAGAAGUGUGGCAUCGACAUCAGGGAGCUGCUGACGGAAAAGAAGAAAAGAGAAAAAGAUCUGAAGAAACAACAGGAGAAAGAGCGAAAGGCAGCAGCGAAGGAGGCAAAGAAACAAAACACGGUGUUGGGCCACAUCCCCACGGGGCCAUUCUCCCUAAAGGACAUGAAGGAAGAGGAUUACGAAAGACUGAGGAGAGAGAGUGAGGGGAAUAUUUCUCAGUUUAGCCUGAGAGACGUGACGAGCAACAAACCUCCCGGCGUGGGCCACGACAACUGGGCUUAUCAACACGAGCCCAUAGCAGUGGUCUUCCCAUGCCCCCCCGACAGCAGCGCCCCCCCCCCACCGCUGCCCAUGGAGGAGAGGGGGCAGAUCCACUCCAUCAUCCUGGAUCUCUCCACUCUCAGCUCUGUGGACACGACCGCCGUGAACACCCUGAGAAACAUUUUCAUGGAAUAUGAGCAGGUUAAUUUCAACAUCUAUCUGGCAUGCAUCCAAGCUUGUGUCGUGGAGCAAUUGGAAACAGCAAAGUUCUUCUCAGACGCCAUCCCCAAGACCAAGGUCUUUGUCUCCGUUCACGACGCGGUGCUUCACAUUCUGAAGAAACGGGGCCAGGUGGAGCUGGAGGAAAACAAAAUGACCAAGAUGUGACCAGCAGGGGUCAGCGGCCGCCUUCGUCCUCGCUGAGCUCCUCCUGCUCCCAGGAUGCAAAGUCACCUCUAAAGACUUUAUAUCACUACACUGUAUGCAAACACCACAAAUAAUCAGGAAUAAUGUCAUAUAUCUACGUAAAGUACUUAAUUUGCUUUCCACCAUUUUAUUAAUAACUGAGCAAACAUAUGUGUUUUACUUUGAAAUGCCUUUAAAAUUAUUUUUUUAUAUUUGUGUAAAGAUGUUACAUAUUUAAUAUGAAUGUAUACCUUAUCUACUUUAUGUACAUAUUCCUAUAGGUUUUAUGAAUGAAAUACUAAUAUGAAUAAAAAACAAUGAAAUAAAAAAUAAUUGUAUUAUUUACUUGGUGUAUGUAUGUAUGUACAGUUUGGCCUGUUUAUGUCAUCACAACAUUGUCUAGAAUAGAAUAGAAUAAAACUUUAUUUCUCAUUGUACAACUACAACAAAUUAUGGGUUCACUCAGCAACAGUUCACAAUAGAAUGAUGCCCUAUAUAAAAUACAGAAUAAAUAAAAAAGAAAGACAAGAGGACAACCAACAAUUUUUGGGGUUGUGUAUUUGAAAUAAUUUUGAUUGUGUGAUUAAUAAAGUCAUAUCGUACCGUA